CGCUGCCCUUCCUCCCGCGCCCGCCCCGCACGGCACCCGCGCCCGGCCCGCCUCCGCCAGCCUCGCCCGGCGGCCGCGCAGGGGCAGAGCGAGCCGGCGCCGGCGAGGAAUUAGGAGCGAUCCGAGGAGGAGCGAAAAAAAAAAGCCCCCCAUCAUCAUCAUCAUCAUCAUAAUAACCAUAAUAAAAGGAGAGCCGGCGCGUUAGCGAGCCUUUUUAAUUUUUAAUUUUUCCGCCUCCUUCUCCUCCUCCCUCGAUUUUAAAUAUUUUUUUUCUUUUUUCUAAAUUUUUAAUUUUUUUUUUUAUUUUUUCUCUUUUUUUUUUUUUUUUUUUUUUUUUUUUUUUUUUGGGUGAGCGCACUCGAAAAUUAACAUUCGCGGUGUCCUGCGCGGUGGGAGCACACGCAGCGGAUCAUCAUCAGUCAUUCACCACCUUGACAACCUCGCCUGUGAUUGACAGCCGGAGUGGCAAAAAGCCAUGAGACUUGUACGACGAGCUGCCCCACUACGGCGGCAUGGAGGGGGUGGGCAUCCCCACCACCAUGUACGGGGACCCCCACGGCGCCCGCCCCAUGCAGCCCGUCCACCACCUGAACCACGGGCCGCCGCUGCACUCGCACCAGUACCCGCACGCCGCCCACGCCAACGCCAUGCCCCCCGCCAUGGGCGCCUCCGUCAACGACGCCCUCAAGAGAGAUAAAGAUGCCAUCUACGGACACCCCCUGUUCCCUCUUUUAGCACUGAUUUUUGAGAAAUGUGAAUUAGCUACAUGCACACCCAGGGAGCCCGGGGUAGCGGGAGGCGAUGUUUGCUCCUCUGAGUCUUUCAAUGAAGACAUAGCAGUGUUCGCCAAACAGAUCCGAGCAGAGAAACCCCUCUUUUCCUCUAAUCCUGAACUGGAUAACUUGAUGAUUCAAGCCAUACAAGUAUUAAGGUUUCAUCUGUUGGAAUUAGAGAAGGUACACGAAUUAUGUGACAAUUUCUGCCACCGGUAUAUUAGCUGUUUGAAAGGAAAAAUGCCUAUCGAUUUGGUCAUAGACGAUAGAGAGGGCGGAUCAAAAUCGGACAGUGAAGACAUAACAAGAUCAGCAAACCUAACGGAUCAGCCCUCCUGGAACAGAGACCACGAUGACACGGCAUCGACGCGCUCUGGGGGAACCCCCGGACCCUCCAGCGGAGGACACACAUCACACAGCGGGGACAACAGCAGUGAGCAAGGUGACGGCUUGGACAACAGUGUAGCUUCCCCCAGCACAGGUGAUGAUGAUGAUCCAGAUAAGGACAAAAAGCGACAUAAAAAGCGUGGCAUCUUUCCCAAAGUAGCCACAAAUAUCAUGAGGGCAUGGCUGUUCCAGCAUCUAACACACCCUUACCCUUCAGAAGAGCAGAAAAAGCAGUUGGCACAAGACACAGGGCUCACUAUACUUCAAGUGAACAACUGGUUUAUUAAUGCUAGAAGAAGAAUAGUUCAGCCCAUGAUAGACCAGUCCAAUCGAGCAGGCAAUCAAGGAACACCCUAUAACCCCGACGGGCAGCCGAUGGGAGGUUUCGUGAUGGACGGCCAGCAGCACAUGGGCAUCCGAGCGCCAGGGCUGCAAAGUAUGCCAGGGGAUUAUGUGUCUCGGGGUAGUCCAAUGGGUAUGAAUAUGGGACAGCCAAGCUAUACGCCGCCCCAGAUGCCCCCCCAUCCUGCUCAGCUGCGUCAUGGCCCCCCCAUGCAUACCUACAUUCCUGGACACCCUCACCACCCAGCGAUGAUGAUGCAUGGAGGACCACCCCACCCUGGAAUGCCCAUGUCAGCAUCAAGCCCCACAAUGCUUCAUACCGGCGAGCCAGCAGUGAGCGGACAAGUGAUGGACAUUCAUGCUCAGUAGCUUAAGGGAAAUACACGUCGUCUGCAGCGAUGGUAGAUUUCAAACAUUGUCUUUCUGCAAUGACUAUGGAGUUCUUGGCGUCAACUUUGGACCAAGGGACGUUCCAGUUCUUCACAGGGACCCUGAAAAGCAGGAAAACACCAACUGAAGUCAACUUCUGGGGACAUGCUAAAUACCUAUAUAAGACAUUAAGAAAACAAAGAGUGAAAUAUUGUAAAAUGCUAUUAUACUGUUAUCCAUAUUACGUUGUUUCUUAUAGAUUUUUUAAAAAAAAUGUGAAAUUUUUCCACACUAUGUGUGUUGUUUCCAUAGCUCUUCACUUCCUCCAGAAGCCUCCUUACAUUAAAAAAGAAGCCUUACACUUAUCCUGCAAAUGACAGAAAGGGCUUAUUUGCAGGAUUUUUAGAGCAUUAAAAUAACUAUGUCAGGCAGAAGAAUCUUUCUUCUAUCCUAGGAUUUCAGCCAUGCGCACUCUCUCUCUCUCUCUCUCUCUCUCUCUCUCUCCCCCCUCUCUCCUCCUCUCUGUCCGUCUUUCUUCCCUUUCUCUCCCUUUCUCCCGUCUCUCUCCCUCUCUCUCUUUCUAGCCUGGGGCGUGAAUUUGCAUGUCUAAUUCAUUUACUCACCAUAUUUGAAUUGGCCUGAACAGAUGUAAAUCGGGAAGGAUGGGAAAAACUGAAGUCAUCAACAAUGAUUAAUCAGCUGUUGCAGGCAGUGUCUUAAGGAGACUGGUAGGAGGAAGCAUGGAAACGGAAAGGCAGUGUAUUCGAAGCCUAAUUGUCACAUCAGAGCAUCCUUGUCCCCAUGCAGCAACCACCACCUUGUACAUCACUUCCUGUUUUAUGCAGCUCAAAACAUGGACUGAAGAUUUAUUUUUAAUAUGUUGACUUUCUUUCUGGGCAAGACAUCGGUCAUGUGUGCAUUUUUUUUUUUUUUUCCAUAGUCCCAUCAUGGAGCAUUUAUGUAUACAUUGUAAAUAAAUUUUGUGCAAAAAGGACUGGAAAAAUGAUCUGUAUUAUUGCAAUUUUUUGUAAAAGUAGCAGUUUGGUAUGAGUUGGCAUGCAUACAGAUUUACUAAGUGGGAUAAGCUAAUUAUACUUUUGUUGUGGUUAAACAAAUGCUUGUUGAUAGCCUUUUUCUAUCAAGAAACCAAGGAGCUAAUUAUUAUUAAUAAUAAUCAUUGCACACUGAGUCUUAGAGUUUCUGAUUGAAACAGUUUGGAUUGUAUAAUAACUCAAAGCCCAGUUGUAGUAGUUUGAGUGCAGUAAUGAAAUCUGAAUCUAAAAUAAAAACAAAUUAUUUUUUGUCA